CAAAGCUCGUGUGAUCUACAAAGCUCCCUUGGUGUGGUUCUUCUUCUUCCAUUGAAGAAAAGCUUUGAGAAUUUUAGAAAAUGGCGGCGAAAGCAAUCUGUUCGUCUUUAACAGUGCAUUCAAUGGCGAACAAGAAGCCUUCACCUUCUACAACAAGAACCAUAUCCUCAAAGAAGAGUACAACGACUCCACAGGUGAAACUACUGACAAGAGUUGAGCAGCUCAAGCUUCUGACCAAAGCCGAGAAAGCCGGGCUAUUGUCUUUAGCAGAGAAGUCGGGUUUCUCUCUGUCGACCAUCGAGCGUCUUGGAUUGCUUACCAAAGCCGAGGAGUUCGGCGUUCUGUCUGCCGCCACUAACCUUGAAACGCCUGGGACGCUAUUCACUUUGAGCCUUGGUUUGCUCCUUCUUGGACCCGUUUGUGCCUAUGUUGUUCCUGAAGAUUACACUUGGGAAGUGGUGGUUCAGGUUCUUGUGGCUUUGGUCUCUGUUCUUGGUGGCUCUGCUGCUUUCGCUGCUUCUGGUUUUGUCUCCAAUUUGCAGAAAUCUGAUUAGCAUUGGUGUUUUGAUAAAACCGGUUGGUUUUUUUGUGAUCAAAUUGACUCGUGUAGCAAGAGACUUUUUAUCCGUUUAAGAUGAAUACUUUAUGAUGGGGAUUCUUAUGUGUAUUUGAACUCAAUUCUGUCUUUUCUAUGUAAAUUGGUUUCAUAUAUAGAAAUCCAAGAGAAACCUUUUGAAUUUA